CUCGGCAGGCAGCAGGAAGCAGGUCAGAGCAACAUGAGCCACACUGGCCCGGCCCGCUGCACUCAAUGCGGGCAUUUGGGGAGGUUCCUGGGCACAAGGCUGAUGGCUCGCUCUUGGUGGCAGGGCAAAAGAAGAAGCUGCAGGAGCUGUACCAGCUGGGUCUGCAGCUGGGGAGUGGUGGCUUCGGCACCGUUUUCUCAGGCAUCCGCCUCUCGGAUGGGAGCCCUGUGGCUAUUAAACGCGUGGCUCGGGACAGCGUCCUGCAGUGGGACGAGCUGGUGUGUGAGCGGGGCCAGCAGGACAGAGCGGGGCACGGCUGGCAGGGAUAA